CUCCCCGCAGGUGCUGGACGGCUGCCUUCACCAUGUACCUCCCUCCGCUCGCGAUUCCGCUCCUUUUCUCUAUUUUUUGUAAUGGCGAGGUGUUUUCCACCCGUUCUCCGACCACAUCCUCUGCGAAGCUGUCCGCAAGAGAUGACUGCUUCAACCCAGAUCCUCAAGAUACCCUCACAGACCGAAUGAAUAUUGCCCUCAACUCUUCCGGACAGGGUUUCGUCUUAUCGCUCUGCCCCAACACGGAAUAUAAAAUAUUCGCGCCUAUUAACUUUGCAGCCCCGAGCCAAGAAAUCAGUACGAAGGGCUAUCCAACAGAUGACAGUCGUGCAAUGAUCACCGUGGCUGGUCCGAUCAGCAAUGGUACAGGACACUCAACAGCAAUUCAAGGGGGUUGCAAGACUUGCAAUAAUAUCAAAUUAAGAAAUAUCCAGAUAAAUGGUUCACGAGAAGAUACUAUCAUCGAUGGAGGCGCUAACAUUGAGAUGGGAGGACCAACUUCUGGUCAGCUUAUCGAAUACGUUCGUUCAUUCAAUCCUAGGAGUUGGUCAUGCCUCCAUAUCGCGGAGGGUAGCUUGCUGUGUAAUAACGCGACAGUCCAAAACAACGAUAUUGGACCCUGCGGGACAGACUCAUUCCAGCAAUGGGCUGACGGGAUCAGCUUCGCUUGCGCGAACGGACUUGUAAGGAACAACAUGAUUGACAACCCGACGGAUGGUGGUAUUGUAUUAUUCGGGUCACCCGGAACUCUCGUCGAGAACAAUACGAUUUGGAUCGAAGAGCAAACCCUACUCGGAGGAAUCAACUUGGUCGAUUAUUUACCCUGGUCGGGUAAUUUCACAGAUGUCGUUGUCCGCAACAAUAGCAUCUUCGGUGGCUUCGCGACUGACUCAGAGAGUGCUAGUUCUACGAAGGGCGAUGACCAGUUUGAUGCUAUAAUAAAGAUUGGCAUUGCCAUCGGACCGCGUGUGUGGUUUGGCAACCGUUAUGGCAACAACAAGAGCGAGAAUGGCACUGUGACUAGCAAUCAUUUAUCUGGUGCAUUCGGAUAUGGAAUCGCUCUUACUUCUGCGAAGAACUUUACUGUACAGAGCAACGAUCUCUUCGGAAAUACGUCUUUCAUUGGUUCCAAAGGGCCGAACUGCAGCAAUACUGAUUCUACACCAGUCACACAGCAAUUCGUGAUUGACAAAAAUACAACGCAAUCCUCAAAUGUACAAUCUGACUUCGUUGCCAUUUCAGAUGGAGACAGUCUUACAUGUAUCCAACCACCAGAUGGCGGUGACUUUUGGCCAUACGGUGGAAGUCCAGAGACCACUGGCCAGGCAGGAGGAGAACGAUCGGGCAACUCAACCGGGGACAAAGUUGGUAUUGCUCUGGGUGUUAUUCUUGGGAUUAUCUUCGUUGCGGCACUGGCUUGGUUCAUCCGCAGAUGGGCUCUGGCCCGCAGCGCCCGUCAGGGAAUCUACGGCGGGAAAGGAUUUGUUCGCGGAAAUUUCUGAUCUUUUCAUCUUCUUUCUUAAAGGAGAUAAUAUUCUAUCAUUGCUAUUUUUUUCUACUCUGCAACAUAUUAUCAUCUUCGACGCUGGCGAUGCCAAAUAUGCUGUUCGUUACGAGUACACUAACUUCUCGAUCUGUUCUGCUUGUCAAUAUUGGACGUUUUUAAAAGAUAUUAGAGCUCUCCUUAUUCUGUUUUUUCUCAGUUAGUCUGCUUUCUGUAUUUGUGCGUUUGCAAGGAACGUCCAUUUAUUUUACGUAGUUAGACUUGAAUAUAACAAUCUCG